CCCAGGAUUUCAUUCAUUCCCUUGUUCCAAAAACGCCGUUGACCAGGUCCUAAACAGAGCGCUUGCCUGCAGCAGCAAGCUAUCGUGCAUGUUCCAAAUGAUGGACGCGAACGUCGUCUUCGAUGUCGUUAUUCAAAAGCUGAUGACCGCCACCAACGGGGAGGACAUAGAAAACCAUAGCGAUAAAACGUAUGGGGCCGCCCCAUCCACCAUACACAAACAGCCGGCAUUGGUGUUCUAAGCGAGCAGUAAGUAAUAAAAAACCGCCUCAAAACAAAAUAACAAGAAGAAAAAAAAAAACAAGUGGAAACAGAAACUACGAAAAAAUAUAAAUCCUAGACACUUAUGCGUUUGCCCGAAUCGUCAUCGGUGGUCAGUUGUGAAACAACCCUUAAUAGUAACGGACGCUUAUAUUCAAUUCGAGAAUGGACUGCAAUGAGGUGUAACUCAAACAAAAGAAUUAAAAAUAAAAAAAGCAAAUAAUUAUUGAAAAACAUAUAAAAGUGAUGGUGAUAGUUUUUAAAAUUUUUUUUUCAUAGAAAUAUUUUGAAAAGAAAAAUGUUCAAUGCCAAUGCCCAAAAUUGGUUCGGCCUAAAUCACCACGACAGCGCGCUGAUUAAUCAUGGCUCAAAUAUGAAUACUACAACAACUACAACCACCGCAGCCAUUAAUCCCAAUAAUUUACAUCAACUGAAUGGCAAUCACGCUCAUGCUCUCCCCCACCACCACUAUCAACUCCAUCCACAUCAUCAGCAGCAGCAGCCGCUGAGUACAAAUCACAAUGGUCCUUCAGCGGCAGCUAACGCAGCGGCAAAUAUGUUUUUACGCAAACGCUCGGUUUCGAAUUCAAAUCCUGCCUUGGAUCGAGCUGCUCCUCCCCCAAACAAUGCUGCAUCCGAUAUACACGUGGAGUAUGAGGUGGCCGUGCCUUUGGUCUCGGCAUAUCGGCAUACCCCUUAUCACUCAUUGUGGGAUUUACAUGAAUGCGCCUCAUCGGCACCGCCCACAGGUCUUUCACACAUGGCACGCAUGAUGGACUCAUUGAUAUUGGAUCAAUAUCCUCCAUUUGCCUUUACAAAAAUCACCACCACACAUAGGCCGACAAAAACGGGCAACAUCAAGAAGACCGAAACAACGCGGACAACUUCAAUGGGCGGUCUGGUGCCAUCACAGUCCUCCACGAGUAUUGGAGCGGUGCGUUUAAAGAGUCGCAUACCAACACAAGAAGUUUCCCCACAGCCCAGACCGACUACAAACUUGCCACCGGCAGGUGGCAGCAAUACCCAUCCAUUGCAACAUGCAAAUUCCGCCACUACAUUCAACACACACAAUGACAAUAGAUGGAUUUCUUCUCUGAGGCGUCGAGAUCCCGAGUUGCAGCCCACUUUGCCCUCAAUAAAUCUCAGCCAUCAUGGCAGCUCACACAAUGUGGCCACAGCUGGCAGUGGUCUGACCGAUCGCUCGGACAAAAGAAACUCCCGAUCGCUAAAGACCUCCACAAUGCCAAAUCGCAAAAGUCGUUCCAUGGAACGGGUAAGGGCACGUAAAAUGGUCAUCAGCUCUCAGAUGAAGCCACCCAAGGAUAAGGUCAAAAAGAAUUCUAUAGAUGAAAAUUCCAAUUCCGAUGAUCAAGAAGCUACCUCAUUAGAAGAGAACUCCACAUCACAGAGUACUCCCAAGAAUUCACCGAAAACUUCCACAAAAUCGAAAACAUUCUCACCUGCCGGCUUUGAGCCGCAUCUGGUGGAGACCCUGGAAAAGGACAUAUUGCAAAAGAAUCCUGGAGUCAAAUGGACAGAUGUUGCCGGUUUGAAUGAGGCUAAAUCUAUACUUCAGGAGGCAGUGGUGCUGCCCAUUAUAAUGCCGGACUUUUUCAAAGGUAUACGAAGACCGUGGCGUGGGGUCUUAAUGGUAGGGCCGCCUGGAACUGGCAAAACCAUGUUGGCCAAGGCUGUGGCCACCGAAUGUGGCACGACUUUCUUUAAUGUCUCAUCCUCCACCUUGACUUCCAAGUACAGGGGAGAAAGUGAAAAGCUGGUGCGUUUGCUAUUCGAAAUGGCCCGUUUUUAUGCACCCAGCACCAUAUUCAUUGAUGAAAUAGAUGCUCUAUGCUCGGCCAGGCGCAGUGAUUCAGAGCAUGAGGCCAGUAGGCGUUUUAAAGCUGAGCUGCUUAUACAAAUGGAUGGUCUGAAUGUCACCAUGCAAGAUGAUAAAAUCAUUAUGGUAUUGGCGGCCACAAAUCAUCCCUGGGAUAUAGAUGAAGCCUUCCGCAGGCGUUUUGAGAAGCGUAUAUACAUAGCAUUACCUAAUGAGGACACCCGUUCGGCUCUAUUGAAACUUUGCCUCAAAGAUGUAAAUCUCUGCACCUCUCUGGACACCAAUGCCAUCGGUGACCAAAUGAAGGGAUAUUCCGGUUUUGACAUUAGCAAUGUAUGUCGCGAUGCCGCCAUGAUGCCCAUGCGACGACAAAUAUUUGGCCGCAGUCCCGAAGAGAUACGACAGAUACGUCGUGAAGAUGUCGAUUUGCCCAUAACGCUGCAAGAUUUUCAAGAUGCCAUGCAGCGUACCAAGAAAUCGGUAUCCAUCGAUGAUGUUAAGCGUUUCGAAAAGUGGAUGGAGGAAUAUGGGUCUUGCUAGAAAUAAAUUAUUUGUGUACAUGUAUGUGUAUAAAUGUAUGUAUAUGUAUGUGUACAUGAGUACAAAAGCCCCCACAACACAAGGACCAUUUUGAAUUUGGAAAUGACAAAAUUUUUUAGGGAGGUAUUGUUAGGAACAAAAAUGGAAAUAUGAGAUAGAACAUGGCCCUGGCAUGACCUUAGAGCAUUCGCUGUUUAUCGCACAAUAUAUUAGAUAAUAAUAAUGAUAAAGGGGGAGGAUAUAUUCGCAACAGAUUCCUUAGGAUUUUCUACAAUUAUGGUUGAAUUUUGUUUCAACUAUUUUUACUAAAUUUGUAGAGAAAAGGUUUUCCAACUUUUUUUUUACGGAAAAUGUUGUCAACAUUUUUCAACAUUUUAUUUCAACAUUUUAUUAUUUCAACAUUUUUUUAUAGAUA